ACUCAAAGUGGAACAAAGUUAACCACAAAAACAGCAAUAAUCCUGAAAGGAGGUGAAAACAGGAUCCAGGCUGCAGAGGUUCUGGCCUCAAAAGUUUCUUCUUAUGAGAUUAGGGUUUGUUUUACAGUGAAAAGGACAGAAAAUCUCCAGCUUGCCAGAAGCUGGUUGGUCAGCUGCUGCUUCUGUUGUAAUUCGGUUCACAUGAGCGCUCGGUUGGAGCCAUUUCAGUCAGCACGAGCUGCAGUCCCAUGUCUGAAAUUUGCUUUUUCUUAGCAGGCUGUCCACCCUGCCCGCGCUCCCGCCUCCCGGCCGCUUCCUUUUGUUUGGUUUUCUCUUCUUUCUUUUCUGUUUCUUCUCAAACUUCUGGAAACUAAACCUGAGCCAGCAGGUUGAAGCUGACAUGACCUCCGAGAAGGAAAGCAAUGGACUCGACAACUAUGCCUUUGCGCUGGAAGGACGUUUCUGUGAUCUACAAGAAAAAGAAGAAGACCUGGAUUCGUCUAUCGAUGAAGACACAAACAAACUGGCUUACUGCGUGACAGACGUCCCGCCCUGGUACCUCUCCAUCCUCUUAGGCGCUCAGCACUGUUUGACUGCCUUUGGCGGCAUCAUCGCCAUCCCCCUCAUCCUGUCGCAGGGUCUGUGUCUGCAGCAUGACGGCCUCACACAGAGCCGCCUCAUCAGCACCAUCUUCUUCGUGUCUGGAAUCUGCACCUUGCUGCAGGUCACCUUUGGCAUCAGGCUGCCCAUUCUUCAAGGCGGCACGUUCACGCUGCUGGCUCCCUCCAUGGCGAUGCUGUCCAUGCCAGAAUUUAGGUGUCCUGCCUGGACCCAAAACGCCAGCUCAGUCAACACGUCGUCCACAGAGUUCAUAGAAGUGUGGCAGAGUCGGAUGAGAGCUCUGCAGGGCUCCAUUAUUGUGGGCUCCAUCUUCCAGGUGUUUGUUGGAUUUUCUGGCCUCAUCGGCCUCUUCAUGCGCUUCAUUGGACCUCUCACCAUUGCUCCCACUAUUGCUCUUAUUGGUCUGUCGCUGUUUGAUUCAGCUGGGAGCAGUGCUGGAAACCACUGGGGCAUCUCUUCAAUGACCACAGCCCUGAUCAUCCUGUUUUCACAGUACCUCCGUCACAUAGCCAUGCCCUUUCCUACAUACAGCAAGGAUAAAAAGCUUCACACUUCUCGAGUCUGCAUCUUUCAAAUUCUCCCUGUCUUGUUGGGAAUCACAGUUUCUUGGCUCAUUUGUUACAUCUUGACGACGUAUAAUGUUCUUCCUGCUGAACCAGGGCAGUACGGUUACCUCGCACGCACAGACCUAAAAGGAGAAGUAAUCAGCCAAGCUCCCUGGUUUACCUUCCCAUACCCAGGACAGUGGGGGAAGCCCACGGUGAGCCUAGCCGGCGUGGUGGGGAUCCUGGCCGGGGUGAUCUCCUCCAUGAUCGAGUCUGUUGGGGAUUAUCACGCAUGCGCAAGAUUAUCUGGAGCUCCGCCGCCACCGAGACACGCCAUCAACCGCGGCAUAGGCAUCGAGGGAAUCGGCUGCCUGCUGGCUGGAGCGUGGGGAACCGGAAACGGAACCACUUCCUACAGCGAGAACGUCGGCGCGCUCGGUAUCACCAAGGUCGGGAGCCGCGUGGUCAUAGUGGCCAGCGGGGUGUUCAUGGUUGCCAUGGGGAUACUUGGUAAAAUGGGUGCAGUAUUUGCCACCAUCCCCUCUCCGGUGAUUGGAGGCAUGUUCAUGGUCAUGUUUGGUGUCAUCUGUGCAGCAGGAGUCUCUAAUUUGCAGUACGCAGACAUGAAUUCAUCUAGAAAUAUCUUCAUUUUUGGCUUCUCCAUGUUCUCUGGUUUGGUCAUUCCCAACUGGAUAUUAAAGAAUCCCAAAGCUAUUGCUACAGGUGUGGUAGAGUUCGACCAGAUGCUGCAGGUUCUUCUGACAACCAGCAUGUUUGUCGGCGGUUUCUUCGGCUUCGUGUUGGACAACACCGUCCCAGGAUCGAAGCAGGAGCGCGGCAUCCUGGCCUGGAACAAAGCUCAUGAAGACGAUUCAUGUGAAACUCUGGAGACCGGAGAGGUUUACAACCUCCCAUUUGGCCUGACCUCCUACCUGUCCUCGUUCUCCUGGCUGCGCUACGUCCCGUUCUGCCCGCCGGGCCUGUCCAGCUCCCUGGAUCCCAAGCAGCCGCUGGGAACUCCAGACCCGGGCCAGAUCAUGAUCGGAGUUGGGUUGUGAGCCACGGUUUCAUGUCACGGUGCCGUCAUUUGGGAUUUUCCAAACACACCCCCACCAGAGGCAGCUCAGGUUCUGUAACAUCUCAGAGACAGUGUACUGUAGCAACAGUGUUUGGAUCUUAUAAUAAUUCAUCUUUCAUUUCGCAGCAUGUUUGGACUGCUACAUUGAUUUUUAAAUGAGAUCAAGUGGGGAAUUCAGAAAAUAAGGACAUGAAGGAGUAAGAAAGUAAUCUCUUCCAUUUCUUAGAAAUAAAAAGGCGACUGCAGAGCUAAGAUACUUUGACUGGACAAAGUUUAGAAAUAUGCAACAGCAGGCGAAUGCAACCCAUAUCCGACAGCAGGAUGUGGGUCGUUAUUAUCAUUUACAUCCAGAUUUACCGUCUGGCUUCUUCUGCUGCUGCAUUAUGACACACGUUCACAUCAAUAACGUAAAAGUCAGAUAAAAUGUGACGUGAGCCUUCAGACAGCAGACUGUGAAAACUAUCUGAUACCAUUUAGUUUACAUAUGGAAGUGGAACCGAUCAGUUUUUCAAAGGGGGUGAAAAAAUUGGAAUUGGGAAGUCCAGACUGGAGUACAAAAAAA